CUCGACUCGCAAGCAUCACAGGCUCACAGCUCGUGAUAUCUCAACUCGUUGGGUAUCAAUAAGACACGUCUGAACAAUAACGUCGAGAUGUAAUUUGGAAAAGACUUAUUUGUGUCUACUUAUGUGCGCGGCGUUGUGAGCGAAGCAGAAUGGCGUCCGCCAGCAACGGGUAUUCGCCUGACGACGAGCAGCGUAUACGACGCAACAUUGCGUGUGUCAGCUGCCGCGACUCAAAGGUACUGUCCUGUACUGUCAAAUGCAGGAUCAGCCCAAUUCCGGGCGAUCCCUGUCAAAGAUGCGCAAAGUUAGACAUCUCGUGUGUGGUGAAUAAGUCGCACAGGCGGACUACCAAGCGGAGUAAGAUGGAAAAGCUGGAAAAGGACUUGGAUGCUAUCAAACAAGCUGUCUUGCCCAAUGUGCAACAUGAGCAGCGGGCACUUCCACCACGACCAUCCAGUCCGAGGAUCGGCUCUUGUUCCAGCAACUCACAGUCGUCCACGGCACAAAAGUCAGCUUUCUACCCGACGCCAGGAGCGGCCACCGCGGAUGCCCGUGUUGCGGCGUCGAAAUGUCAGAUGCUGUCUGCGCGCGCUCAAAGGCCUUGGAAAGCAAGUCCCAGCCAACCGCGGACUCUUGACUCUCACGUUGUCACGGGCGAGGACAUUGACUGGUACUUUGAUACCUAUCUCGGGCUCUUCCACCCGUUCGUACCGGUGCUCGCCAAACGAGAUCCAGACGAAUGCUACGCGGCCAGCCCUGUGCUUUUCUGGAUCAUCAUCUUCGUCGUGACGCGGCGUCACCGCAGAGCCGGAACUUCGACAAAUUUGUUUGACGCGCUUGUCGAGUGGUUGUCAAAGGAGAUAUGGACGCUUCCGGGCAGUCCACUCAUGGGCAUCGAGGCCGUGCAUGCCAUGCUGAUCAUCUGCGCAUGGCCGCUGCCGACCAUCCGCCUGGUGACUGACCCGUCCGUGGUCCUCUCGGGCGCGGCACUCAACUUCUGCCUGUCCAUGGGCCUGCACACGGGAAAGGGGCGCCAUCCGGAGUUCUGCAUCGGCGCAAGAUCUCACUUUUCGUCCACAGACGAGGAAGCCUCCUGCACAUGGCUCAUGGCGUGCUCUCUGGCUCAAAGGUACGCCGACCUUGCAAACCCCCUUAUCGAGGAGUAUACUGAAGCAACAACCAGAACAGCAGCGGCUCUUGGGCAUCCUCCGCCAACCAUCCAGCUCAACGACGGGCCGGCGAAACGAGCCCUUGCCGCGCCUGAGUGGGCGGAUCUGAUCACCAUGUUCGACAUCCAGCGCUACCUCAACCGCCUGCAUCUCGCCAUGGCAUCCCACAUCGCCUCCAACGGCCACGUCGUCGAGAGCCUCGUCAGCGGGUGGGAAGAUGAAUUUGAGACUGUCAAGUCGCAACUCGUCCGCCACGACACAGAGCUCACACGCUUCCUCCUUCUCGCCGCCCAUCAAGAGAUACAGGCAUACUACUUCUGCUCCCCCCCCCACGACGCCUCGCCAAACCUCGCCAUGCACACAACCCGCGCCCUCCUCACCGCCAAGAAAGUCAUCGCCGCAGCCCACGCCCUCACAGCCAUCCCCGGCAUCCAGCUUCUCACCAACGCCCCGUUAUGGGUCUUCCACACCAUCGCCACCUCGAGCGUCGUCCUCGUGUCCGCCCUCCACUCCCACCACCCGCCGCCCCUCGACACGCCACCAGAGGGUGUCACCCCCGAGCAACACCUUAUGAACCAGUGCCACGCGGCCGUCGUCGCCUGCUCCAUACGCGACGGCGACCUUGCGUUCCGCGCCGCGACACUCAUGCAGGGCUUCUGGCAGUGCCGUGACCUAGCACCCAAGAGCGAUCUUGCUACCGAGGCAUGGCCGAACCGGCUCGGCGCCUGCGCGCUGUUCCGGUGUCUGCACAGGUUCCAGACCACACUGCACGGGGCGCAGAGGAGCUCUGAGGGCGCAAGAAAGGCAGUGGAAGCGAUACAACCUCCACGACCGGUAGAUAAGUUGGCGCCCGCUCCGCCGCAAGAGGCGACGUACACACCUAGAAUCAUGGACCCCCUCCAGGAUAUUGACUGGUCUACGUUCCUGGACGACUUGGGCUGGGACAACGGGAACGAUGUUUUUAUGGGAGUGUCCUGAAAAGGGCUCAUAAAACAUCAGAGAUGAGAUCACGGAAAUAUCAUAGCAGUAAAAUGAAUCUUGUUCCAAUAUUUACGUUGAUUGAAUGAAAC